CUGCAUUCCAAUUGAGGAAAGGAAUUCCAAAUCUAUGGUGAGCAUGUUGUUUCCACUUGUAAAGUAAUACCCAGGAAAAUAUCUGUAGGGGAAUGUUUUUUUAACGUUUUAACUGUUAUUAGUUGUCUUCUACGUGGUUUCAAAUGUUUAAUGUGAAAGAUGAUGAAAAAUGUAACAAUGGCAGUUAAUGACAGAGUGUGUACUGUGGACUCCGAGUUCAGAUACCCCCUCUUCACAGUGUUCUACAGCAUAGUCUUCAUUGUGGGGUUGCUGGCCAACUGCUACGUGCUCUGGGUCUUUGCACGAAUUUAUAGAAUUAAGAAAAUGAGCGAGAUCAAGAUCUAUAUGAUCAACCUGACUGUAGCUGACCUUCUCUUCAUUAUGACUCUACCACUGUGGAUUAUCUAUUACAACCAGAACGGGGACUGGACCCUAAACCCGUUCCUCUGCAAUCUAUCUGGCUUCCUGUUCUUUGUCAACACCUACUGCUCCAUAGCCUUCUUAGCAGUGAUCAGCUUCAACCGUUACCAGGCUGUGACCAAACCCCUGGAGACUGCUCAAUCAAGCCUGAGGAGGCGUGGGGUGGUGGUCUCAGUGGUCAUCUGGGUCAUCAUUGGGGCUAGCGCAAGCCCAUAUCUCUUCAUGAAUGGACUGAACAAAGGCAACAACAUGAUGCGUUGCUUUGAGGGCUACAAACCCCAAAACACAAAGGUGGCCAUUACCAAUUUAAUCAUUGUUGCUUGCUUCUUCCUGGUUUUCAUCCUCAUUCUUGUGUUCAACCUGCUGAUCGUAAGAACCCUCCUCUCCCAGCCAGUGCAACAGCAAGGUUCCAGGAAGGGGGGAACCAAACAGCGAGCCCUGCGGAUGGUGUUUGCCGUGCUGGGGGUCUUUGUCAUCUGCUUCGUCCCCCACCACUUGAUCAAUGGUCCCUGGACCAUGGCGGUCUUGGAACUCUGGAGGAGAGGGGACUGUGAUCUCCUGCAGACCCUCAACAAUGCCCAUCAGGUCACCCUCUGCCUGGCGGGCCUCAACUGCAUCCUCGACCCCAUCACCUACUGUUUCGCCACCACGAUGUUCCAACGAUACCUUACAGUGAGGAUUAAGCACAUUCGGAGUAAGGCUGAUAUUUAAGCAACAGAUCCUGAAGAAGAAGGCUUUACUGUCUGAUAAGGCCCGCCUCAUGCUGUUUAAUGUCCAGAGCCGAAGGCAAGAGCAUUUAACAUAAUGAGAAGGGUCUUCCCAAAUAGAAAACUGAUAUUUUUUUUUGUGAUUUUAUGCUGCACUAGUUUUUGUUGCUAAUGAAUACAAACCUCUUCCUCAUUAUUCCAUGAGUAAUGCAGUUUGCUCAGAAUUCCAUCUGUGGUCUGGUAGUCUUCACUUAGGCUGCAGUAUCCCAGCAGUGGACUGUGUUGUGUUGUGUGUAUUUCCAAUAGCUUAAAUAAUACCUCAAUACUAAAACACAUCUUCUACGUACAUGAAGCUGUUCUUCAGUUCAGGUACCUCGUACAGAAAGCAAACAUGAUUUGUGAACUGUUUGUAAAAGAUGUAAAAAAGUACAACUAACAUAUUUUUUUUUUAUUAGGAUUUGAGCGCAGGUGUGUGUUUAAGUGUACGUUUUAGUAUUUAAGUUGCUGUUAGGUCCUAGAAUUUAUUAGCGUUUCAGUUGUCUUUCUUAAUGCUGAUUGUGCUGUUUGUUCAGUUGUUCACAGUGUGUUCAUAAAGUUUAUUCAAAGCCCGCUUCAUGGCUUUAGAGAAGAGAAUACCUGUGUUGCUGGAAUAAGUUGUUUGAUUUCUUCAACUUGUUAUUCAGGAGAUAAGUUGCUAUUGUGUUUACUGUAUUGCCGCUGACAGAAAACACUAUUCUGAACAGAGAUUUUCUUUCACCAAGCAAAAAAAAAAGGUAAAA